AGCGAGGGUGUGGGGGCUGCCUCUUGCACGCGAAGGGCUUCGAGGGCGUUGUCGGACCCGCCGCUCUCGAAAGGAAGAGCACAGUUUCAAGUAGCAUAGCACCGGCGACUUCCUCUUCUUGGUGCACAAAACGGCUGCUUCUUCUACCUUGUCUGCAGAAGUGACGAGGGAUCGUGUGGCGAUUGGAGAUAAAAUGGGAAAGACGAUUUCUGGUGCCGACAGGGAGGUUCUUGCUGAGAUUGUGAGGUUAACCCAAAAACAAGGACUGAAAGGUGCCGAAGGAGGAUGGAAAGAUUUCCUACAAUGCCACGAAAAACAAUUUGGUUCUGGUUUAAGUGACCCAGCCAAGAGACCUAAAGAGCUAUUGGUUGCCUUUCUUCAAACAUUUAGGAAAGAAGAAAAGAAGGUAUUUGAUAAAAUGAUAAGACGGAAUAGUGAUCAUAAUGCAAUGAAGCAGUUGAUAAAAGACUCUCCGGGCCUAGAAUCGCCUCAACAGAGGCUGGUUCGUUUGACAAUGGAACAUCCACGUUAUACACAAUAUCACUCUUUACCUGUCUAUGAUGAGGAUUGGAUAGAUAUUCCUUUAGGUAAAGUUUCUGAAGCAAUGAAAUUGAAUGCUAUGAUCUCUGUUGAUUGUGAGAUGGUUCUUUGCCAAGAUGGCACUGAUGCAGUGGUGAAAAUAUGUGCAGUAGAUCACAAUUUGGAGGUGAAACUUGAAAAACUUGUGAACCCCGGGAAAGUUGUUGCUGACUAUAGAACUCACAUUACUGGAAUAUCUUCCAAAGAUUUGGAAGGAGUUACUUGCUCCUUGGUUGAUAUACAGAAAUCCUUGAAGAAACUCUUAUCACAUGGGACUAUUUUAGUGGGCCAUAGUUUGCAUAAUGAUUUACAAGCACUAAAAGUUAAUCAUCCACGAGUUAUUGACACAUCAUACAUCUUCAAGUGUGCUGGUCUACCUACCCUUUUGCCUUCCUUAAAUAACUUGUGUAAGGUGGUGUUGGGUUUUCCAGUCCGCAAGGAAGGAGAACCACACAAUUGUAUGAAUGAUGCACAAGCUGCUAUGAAGCUAGUUCUUGCUAAAUUAGAACAUGGAUAUGAUGAUCACAUUGUUAUGUCAUGCUGUGAUAUACCUAAUUCUGAUUUGGCAAAGCUACUUCUUCACAAAAUACCAAUUGAAGUACCUACUCAAGAAUUGCAAACGUUAUUCUCUAGGGAAUACAAUGUCAUUAUUGAGUCUGUUACAAGGCUUCGAGGUGAAAGCUAUUCAACAUAUGCUGUUUUCAAAAAUUUUAUAGAGGCAGAUGAAGCAUUCAAAAAAAUAGAAGGUCAUCAGAAGAAGGAUUCAAGUGGUCGGCCACAGAAACUUGUCUUCAUGAAACUUAGCAGUGGUAAAACAACCAGCUUCUACGUCCGCAGGAUGACUGCUGAAGUCCAUUUUAAUGAUGCCAACACAUCAAAGAGGCCAGUGCAAGAAGAUCCAGGGCAGCAACAAGCGGGAGAUGGAACCAUCGAUGUGAAAAGGCAGAAGACUUGUUUGUACUCAUGCAACCAUGUUAAAGAGAUCGAGAAGUUGAGGGAGGAGUUGCAUGAAAGGGAAGAGGAAAUUUUUAAUUUGCAAAAGACUCUAUUUGAAGUUACCAGGAACCAACAUUUGUGCAAUGAAACCAUGUCAUCAUGAAGAACGUAUCCUGAAAGUUGUACAAUUAUUAUUCUUCAGUGGUCAUCAUUCAAAACGAGCUCGAGUGGGACAAUUUUUGAAGCAGGUAGGUAGGAAUGGCCCAAUGUAUCGGAUUAUAUGGAAGUUAUGAUGCUGUGUACAUGUGUUACGCAGGCCUUUCGGAAAAUUUGUCAUUGUAUACAUGCAUUACCUGUAAAACUAACUUGAGUUGAAAUGACAACAACAAUUGCUUAGUGUUUUUCCAGCA